AGCAACGUCCUCAACUUCCCAGCUCUUGAAGCGAGGCAUUCUGGGAAUUACUCGUGCCUCACAGGCGGCAGGGAGCUGAUAUUUCACCUGCAGGUGCUGGAGAGGAAGAGACCGGGCCUCCCUGAGCCACAGGAGAGCAGGGUUACCCUGACCUUUCCUAUAGGUGGAAAAAUCCCCUGCCCUACAUUUCAAUACUGGGACCGGGCCCUUGGUACAGGCAUCACAUGGGCGGCAAGGCAAUAUCUGAACUACCACACAGGGAUCUGUGCCAGGAGAGCGGUCACUUGGUUCUCUGCCAGGUCUACCUCGUCGACGCUGGUGAUUACUUCUGCGACACACACACAAAUGAUGAAGGCAGAAGUUAUACCAAGUGAUUCUAAGGCCUUUCCGAUUAUUGUCCGUCCCUGUGGAAAUGAGACCGAGGAAGUAGAGAUAGGUCAGCCUCACAAUCUGACCUGUGAAGUCAAUUUCCGUUUCGAGAGGACCUCCUCUGCUCUGGUCCAGUGGUACAGCAGCAGUGCCCAAAAUGAAGACAUGGUUCUGAUGCAGGCCGAGAGUCAAAAACAAAAACUACUAGACUUCCCCACCGAGUUCCGGAUAACACACACAGCCGUGAUACAAGAGGUGUCGUUACAGCACCUGCAGCGCACCUACACCUGUGUUGCCAGUAACUCUCUGGGGAACAGAAGUGCCUCCAUCAAGCUCCAGAGGAAAACCACAGUAAAGCAGCUUGCAAUAUUUUUGUAUCCCAUUGCACUUGUGGUCCUGGUCACUGGGAUGGGAAUAACCGUGCAUAUGAAAUGGCUGGAAAUAUUCGUAUACUACAAAUCACACUGGCCAAAAGCAAACCACGAUGAAGAGAAGGAGUUUGAUGCAUUUUUGUCGUACGUGUGGAGCCCUCCCUCCGAGGAGUGUGUAGAAGGCUCCACUGGGUUUUCACCGUCAGGGCCUGGUGCAGAUGAAACAGCAUCUCUGUCAGACCCAGCAGUUGAGGAGGGCUCUGCCACCCAGAGGCAACCGGAGGUGUUACUGCCUCGAGUAUUGGAAGACCGUUGGGGCUACCGCCUCUGUCUGCAAGAGAGAGACCUUCUACCGGGUGGAGCAUACACAGAUGACGUGGUGCACGUGUUAAAGAGGAGCAGAAUGCUGAUCUGCCUGCUGUCUGUUGACUACCUCUGCAACAGCGAUGCUGUGUUUGUGCUGGAAUCAGGAAUCCAGGUGCUGCUACAAGACUCCCACCUCAAAGUCCUGCUGAUCUGGACGACGGGAAAACCAGCAUCCCUGGGUCAGCUCAACCCACCUUUACCUCUACUGGUCCAGAGGACCCUGAGGGCCCUUCCUUCCCUGAACUGGCCCUCGGACAGAUCAACAAAAGCCACCAGUGACUUCUGGGGGACACUGAGGAAGGCCAUGGCUGUGCAGAAGUUAGACAUCAGCUCGGUUUUCCCAGGAUCCUAAUUCACUCUGACGCUUAUCUUCAUCUCCAGCAGUCUAAAAACAAGGGGACUCGCACUCUUGGAGCCGUAACUGUAUUGUUUGCUAACAGGCUUGAAACAUUUUCAUCAUAUUUGGGCAUUCAGGGCCAUGGCCAGUGUCUCACAGCCAUGGGCAGUGGGACCGGUUAUUUCCAUCGGCUAACAGAGACUCGGCAAGCCACAGCAGGAUGCCCAGCAACUAGCCCCGAAACUGUGGUUACAGAAAAACAGGAACAGCGCUUUAGAAAAAUCCCCUCCAGUACUGCUGGGUUUAUUAAAGGCAACUGGCUGGAAAAGACUGACAUUACUUUGAAAAUGACAACGUUUCAUACGUCACCCGCUCAAACGCCACCUGCCGUAGAGACGGUCCGGCCUUCGUCCAUUGUGGACGGAUGUAACUGAUGUCAUUAGGGGCGUCCGGGUGAUCUAUUCCGUUGCCUACCAACCAGUUCGAAUCCCCGUGUUACUUCCGGCUUGGUCGGGCGUCCCUACAGACGCAAUUGGUCGUGUCUGCGGGUGGGAAGCCGGAUGUGGGUGUGUGUCCUGGUCGCUGCACUAGCGCCUCCUCUGGUCGGUUGGGGCGCCUGU